CGAGCCAGUCUAGGGCCUAGGCGCAGACGCAUUGAGCCGAAGCAGCCAGUGAUGGCGGCAGCAGCGACGGUGUCUGCGGCGGGUCCGGGCCCAUGAGGCGACGACGGAGGCGGGACGGCUUUUACCCAGCGCCUGACUUCCGAGACAGGGAAGCUGAGGACAUGGCAGGAGUGUUUGACAUAGACCUGGACCAGCCAGAGGACGCAGGCUCUGAGGAGGAGCUGGAGGAGGGGGGUCAGUUAAAUGAAAGCAUGGACCAUGGGGGAGUUGGACCAUACGAACUUGGCAUGGAACAUUGUGAGAAAUUUGAAAUCUCAGAAACUAGUGUGAACAGAGGGCCAGAAAAAAUCAGACCAGAAUGUUUUGAGCUACUUCGGGUACUUGGUAAAGGGGGCUAUGGAAAGGUUUUUCAAGUGCGAAAAGUAACAGGAGCAAAUACUGGGAAAAUAUUUGCCAUGAAGGUGCUUAAAAAGGCAAUGAUAGUAAGAAAUGCUAAAGAUACAGCUCAUACAAAAGCAGAACGGAAUAUUCUGGAGGAAGUAAAGCAUCCCUUCAUUGUGGAUUUAAUUUAUGCCUUUCAGACCGGUGGAAAACUCUACCUCAUCCUUGAGUAUCUCAGUGGAGGAGAACUAUUUAUGCAGUUAGAAAGAGAGGGGAUAUUUAUGGAAGAUACAGCCUGCUUUUACUUGGCAGAAAUCUCCAUGGCUUUGGGGCAUUUACAUCAAAAAGGGAUCAUCUACAGAGACCUGAAGCCGGAGAACAUCAUGCUUAAUCACCAAGGUCACGUGAAACUAACAGACUUUGGACUAUGCAAAGAAUCUAUUCAUGAUGGAACAGUCACACAUACAUUUUGUGGAACAAUAGAAUACAUGGCCCCUGAAAUCUUGAUGAGAAGUGGCCACAAUCGUGCUGUGGAUUGGUGGAGUUUGGGAGCAUUAAUGUAUGACAUGCUGACUGGAGCACCUCCAUUCACUGGGGAGAAUAGAAAGAAAACAAUUGACAAAAUCCUCAAAUGUAAGCUUAACUUGCCUCCCUACCUCACACAAGAAGCCAGAGAUCUGCUUAAAAAGCUGCUGAAAAGAAACGCUGCUUCUCGUCUUGGAGCUGGUCCCGGGGACGCUGGAGAAGUUCAAGCUCAUCCAUUCUUCAGACACAUUAACUGGGAAGAACUUCUGGCUCGGAAGGUGGAACCCCCCUUUAAACCUCUGUUGCAAUCUGAAGAGGAUGUGAGUCAGUUUGAUUCAAAGUUUACACGUCAGACACCUGUCGAUAGCCCAGAUGACUCAACUCUCAGUGAAAGUGCCAACCAGGUCUUUCUGGGUUUUACAUAUGUGGCUCCAUCUGUACUUGAAAGUGUAAAAGAAAAGUUUUCAUUUGAACCAAAAAUCCGAUCACCACGAAGAUUUAUUGGCAGCCCACGAACACCUGUCAGCCCAGUCAAAUUUUCUCCUGGGGAUUUCUGGGGAAGAGGUGCUUCAGCCAGCACAGCAAAUCCCCAGACGCCUGUGGAAUACCCAAUGGAAACAAGUGGAAUAGAGCAGAUGGAUGUGACCAUGAGUGGGGAAGCAUCAGCACCACUUCCAAUACGGCAGCCGAACUCUGGGCCAUACAAAAAACAAGCUUUUCCCAUGAUCUCCAAACGGCCAGAGCACCUGCGUAUGAAUCUAUGACAAAACAAUGCUUUUAAUGAAUUUGAGGCAAAAAAGAAAACACAAAAAAACGGGAGGGGAUAUGCAGGCAUCCUACAAGAUGAAAAAGGAAAUUCAAAAUGACAGUCUCAAAAGAGUCAGUUUCAUUACCUAGAACACUUUGGACGAAGGAAAGAAACAUGGAUUUUUAAAAUAUCAAUGGUGCAAAAAAAAAAAACUUAAGCAAAAUAGUAUUGUGGAACUCUUAACUACAUUAAUUGAUUCCUAGCAACAUCUCAACGUUAUCAAGGAUUUUCAUGUUGAUGGCUCGAAACUGACAGUAUUAAGGACAGGAUGUUGCUUCUGAAUCACUGUUCUGAUUAUGUUGAAGGAGGGUUAUCCUUUCAUUAGGCAAAGUAUGAAAUUGCCUAUAAUACUUGCAACUAAGGACAAAUUAGCAUGCAAGCUUGGUCAAACUUUUUCCAGCAACAUGGAGUCAAAGACAAAAGAAACCUACCGAUUGAUGUUUUACGUGCAAACAACCUGAAUCUUUUUUUUUAUAUAAAUAUAUAUUUUUCAAAUAGAUUUUUGAUUCAGCUCAUUAUGGAAAACAUCCCAAACUUUAAAAUACAAAAUUAUUGGUUGAUGUGAAGAAAGCCAGACAGCUUCUGUUUCUUCUCUUGAUGAAAUAAUAAAAUGCAAAUGAAUCAUUGUUAACCACAGCUGUGGCUCCUUUGAGGGCUUGGGGUGGACCUGGGGUUUAUUUUCAGUAACCCAGCUGCAAUACCUGUCUGUAAUACUAGGAAAAAAAUCUAUUUAAUCAUUUCUACUUGCAGUACUGCUAUGUGCUAAGCUUAAAUAGAAGCCUUGGAAUGAGCCUAAGUUGUAUGUCCUAUAUUUCAUCCUUGUCCUGGGCCUGCAUUGCACUGAAAAAAAAUUGCCACCUUAUACCAGUAUUUGGUUCUUAUACCAGUAUUUGGUUCAAGACACCAGAUGUGUUCAGCCCAUGGCUGAGGAAGGAUGGAAGAGUCAGGAUAAAAUGUAUGAGGGCAGCAAGGUGGGGGAGAUGGAGAUUUCCAGGGAAAGAGAGAGAUUAUUGCUGUGGUCCACUCUCUUCUAAUCUCUACAGCAAAUUGGUAAGGUUGUUAGUUUUACUUUUUACUGUUUUUGCUGUCUACCUUCCUUAGGAUUUUUUCCUCAACAAUUUUAAGAAGGAAAACAGGUCUAAUGUUUUUUCUCCUAUACUGGGGCUACAUUUUUUGAUUGUAAAAAUACUUGAUGGCCUUUUAAUGGGUGUCUUCCACAAUGAAUAAGAAAACUUAGUGGUUUCAUUUAGGAAACAUGUUAACGUGACACUUUUUGAAAUUGUAAUAAAAUCUACACAAGUGAUUUACAGGUACAAAAAAUAAAAAUAAAGGUAACUUUAUCUUUUUAAAAUACUUCCUGCCUUAAAGAGAGCAUUUCCACGACUAGCUGGUGAAAGGGUUUAAUAUCUGCCGAACUGUAUAAAAAAUAUACUUCAGUGCAAACUGGUAUGAGUAGAUCAUGCAGUUACAGUUGACUCUUAGCACUUCUUUUUUGUCUUUUAUAAUGUCUUCAGUCUGAAUGUCAGUCAGUUUGUAAGUUUGCAACCCUAGAUUUUUUUAAAUAGAUGCUGCUUGCUAUGUUCUCCAAACCUUUUUGAGCCAUAGGAUCCAAGCCAUAAAAUUCUUUAUGUAUGUUGAAUUCAGUCAGAAAAAGCAAAACUUUGCUUAUUUAAAUUGUAAUUCAAGUGAAAUAGAAUGAAAUCAGUACAGAAGCAAAACCAGAACCAUGAAAAAUGAUUGAAAAUAUACCAUUUCAGUUGUGGCAAUAAAUGAAAGGAUAAAAAAAUCUUUAGACAGAAAACCCUAUUUUUAAAAAUCAUUUUCUCUAGACCCUUCUCUUACUGCAGCAGCCUACUGAGAAUUUUAUAAUUGUACCUAGUAAAUUAGAAACUAAAUCAUAAGAGCAGAAAUUGUACUUAACAUGCAGAUCUUUAUUUUCUGACAAUUUGUGAUGUCUGAAAAAACCCCAAAGCUAUGGUUAUAUAUAGGCAUUAUUUCAGUCUGUAAAUGGCUUAUACUACUCUCAUACUUGUUUUCAAAUGUGUUUACUAACUGUAGUGUUGACUGCCUGACCAAAUUCCAGUGAAACUUUUACACCAAAAUAUUCCUUCUCAGUUCUAUUCACUAGUAACACGUGCACUGUGACUGGCUAUUACCACCCCAUUGGUAAACUGUUUUCAUCAUUAGUACUGCCAGUAAUAGUGGCAAACACCAUAAUUUUUUUGCAUAAAACCACUAAUUGCCCACCUUACCAUCCACACAAAUUCUUAGUUUUUCUAAGUUAACAUUUAUUAAAUGAAAUUAAUUUCCCACGCUAUGGCAGGUUUAUUGAGAAAUUAUUUCAUAAAUGACAAUAUUCCUACUAUGACUGUGAAAACAUGUCGAGUGUCACUUUAGUGUCACAGACAGAAAGCACACACCUAUGCAAUAUGGCUUACCCUAUAUUUAUUUGUAAAAAUCCAAGCAUAGUUUAAAAUAUAAGAUGUCAAUAUUAUUAGUCUUGAGUUUCUAAGAAGGUUCUUUAUGAUUAUACCAGGUAAGUGUAUAAAACUUAAGUGCUUUUCUUUCAUCACUUGAUUAUUUUCUUUAAAAAUCAGCUAUUAUAGGAUUUUUUUUAAUUUUAUACAUGCUGUUUUUUAAUUAAAAUGUAAUCAUUGAAGUUUACUAAUUUGCUUUUAUAAAGGUUUGUAGCAUUACCAAAUAACUAAACUGGGAUUUAUAAACCAGCUGUGAUUAACAAUGUAAAGUAUUAAUUAUUGAACUUGAACUGGAUUUUUAGGAAAAUUAUGUUAUUUCCUUUUCUUUCUUUAUGGUCUUAACUAAUUUGAAUCCUUCAAGGAGUUUUCCAUGCUAUUUUUUGAGACAGAAGAUAAUGUGAUAAUGUAGGGGGAAGAGGAUGCAUGUAUUAAACUUCAUAAAUUCAACAUUCUUUCCUGUAGGUAAUAAAUGAUUAUAAACAAGAUGCAUCUUAGUACCAAUAUACUGAGCACUGGAUUUCAUAUUUAAUAUAAGACCUAAAUUUUUUGAAUAUUCAGUUAGUCAUAUGGUUUCCUAGCUUACAAGGGAUAGAUCUAAGAUUAUCCCCAUAAGAAAUGUUGAAUUUAUGAAGAAUGGAUUUUGAGACUUUAAAAAUGGUUUACUUCUGGGCCAGGGAUUUAGCUCAGUGGUUCCCGCUGCCUGCCUCACAAGCACAAGGUCCCGAGUUUGAUCCCUGGUACCAAAAAAAAAAAAAAGAAAGAAAAUGGUUUACUUCUAAAAUAAAAGAA